GUAGUGCUUUUCCAUUCACUUUAAAAUUUCUAGUAUAGAAAAAUCAACGACAAAACAAACAAACAAACAAUCUAAGCAUGUUUCGUCGCAUAAAAGAAAAGCUGAACAAGAAAUUUGGACUGAAACACGAAGUUGUGCCCAAGCAGGAGAGCAACAAGAGAUCAUCAUCAGCCACAAAAUCAGAAGGGAAAAUCGUGGAGCAGAAGCUUCACCCCAAAGACGACCCCAAGGUUACAGAGCUGCCGGAUCUUAUACGACGCGUACGAAUAGAGCAUCCCGACAAAUUCGUGCCGAAACCCAAGCUGAUUCGCAGCAAGAGAUCAUCAUCAGCCACACAAUCAGAAGGGAAAUUCCCUGAGCAGAAGCUUCACCCCAAAGACGACCCCAAGGUCACAGAGCUGGCGGAUCUUAUACGACGCGUACGAGUAGAGCAUCCCGACAAAUUCGUGCCGAAACCCAAGCUGAUUUGCAGCAAGAGAUCAUCAUCAGCCACACAAUCAGAAGGGAAAUUCCCUGAGCAGAAGCUUCACCCCAAAGACGACCCCAAGGUCACAGAGCUGGCGGAUCUUAUACGACGCGUACCAGUAGAGCACCCUGACAAAUUCGUGCAGAAACCCAAGCUGAUGCGCAGCAAGACAUCAUCAUCGACCCCACAAUCAGAAGAGAAAUUCCUGGAGCAGAAGCUACACCCUAAAGACGAUCCCAAGGUCACAGAGCUGGCGGAUCUUAUACGACGCGUACGAAUAGAGCAUCCCGACAAAUUCGUGCAGAGACCCAAGCUGAUGCGCAGCAAGACGCAGAUAAUCUUUACACCGAAGGAUUAUCGUAACACCACGGGAGCGUUGCCCGAAUACGUGCGUCGCUUGCCCCGCAUCAAAGAGGAGACCCCGCCUAAAGAACAUCUGCCCAAGAUCGGAAGUGGAGUUUAUCAUAAGUUACCCAAAGAGAUCAUCUUCACACCGAAGGAUUAUCGUAACACCACGGGAGCGUUGCCUGAAUACGUGCGUCGCUUGCCCCGCAUCAAAGAGGAGGCCCCGCUCAAAAAGGAUCUGCCCAAGAUCCGAAAUUGAAUUCAUCAUCAGUUCCUCCCCGAUGAGAGUUUAGUUCUUUUAGACUUUUAGAUGAUUCGUUCUUCAAAAUCCUAAAUCAAGGAGCGGAGGAAGUUUCCCUUUCAUUCGUUUCUUUUUUUUCGAAUAACAUCCAAAGCUUAAAUCAGCACUUUCGGAUGAGCGGUUUAUUGAAUGGGAAAUCUAUACAGAGAAAUGGGGGAAAUCCCAUCCAAAUCAAGUCCAAUGGAAUAAAAUAAACUACUCUUAAAAUCUGCA